AUGUCAGCAAUCCAAGCCAUCCAGGUCAUCAGCAUAUCCACCGCGCUCUUCGCAUCCGGGGGCAUAGCCUCCCUCUCAGCCUUCGACAUACCUCUCAUGCGCUCGCAGCCCGCAUCGCGGUCUCUACCAAUGCUCCGCUGGCUAUUCAGCCGGGGAUCACACACAGCCCCUACCGCCAUCAUCAUCUCAUCAACAGGCUUCCUUUACCUAGCCUACGCCGCACUGCCCGGCAGCGCACACACAGCCAGUGCCCUACUCACCCACCUAACACGAGGGGGCAAACCCAGUGCCUUCCUCGGCGCAAGCGUCCUCUCCUUCUCGUGCGCCCUGUUCACCGGCCUCGCCAUGCUCCCGACCAACUUCGACCUCAUCAGCCGCAACGAGCAGCUCGGCGGCUCGCACAGCGCUGACUCGGCUGCGUAUCGACGCUCGGUUGAUGCGGAGCCUCGCACUGCUGAGGAGAGCGUAAACGCCAAGGACGAUAUCAGCCAGUGGAGCGACGUGAGCGAUCCGCAGGAGAAGACGGCGCGGGGUUCGUCGAAAGAGCAGGAUAAGGAGGUGAAGGCGCUGUUGACUCGGUUCCAGAAGCUGAAUUAUGUCAGGGCGGCGCUGAUUGGUGCUGGUGGUAUUGUGGGGUUGAUUGGCGCGUUGGCUUGA